GACAUAGACCUCAAGAGAGAACAAACCACAUAAAAUUCCCUCAAUAUAGUAAACCAAAAACACAGUUAACCAAAGUUGAGAGAUGGCAGAUGUUAAGUUGCUUGGUCUAUGGUAUAGCCCUUUUAGUCAUAGAGUUGAGUGGGCUCUAAAGAUUAAGGGUGUGAAAUAUGAAUUUAUAGAACAAGAUCUACAAAAUAAGAGCCCUUUGCUUCUUCAAUCCAAUCCAAUUCACAAGAAAAUCCCAGUACUAAUUCACAAUGGAAAGCCCAUUUGUGAGUCAAUGGUAAUUGUUGAAUACAUUGAUGAGACAUUUGAAGGCCCUUCCAUCUUGCCUAAGGACCCUUAUGAGCGAGCUAUAGCUCGAUUUUGGGUGAAAUUUUUUGAAGACAAGUUGCCAUCAGUGGGGAAAAUUUUCUUUUCCAAAGGAGAGGGACAAGAGAAAGCUAAAGAGGAAGCUAAUGAGAUAUUGAAAACUCUUGAUAAUGAGCUUAAGGACAAGAAGUUUUUUGUGGGUGAUAAAUUUGGAUUUGCUGAUAUUGCUGCUAAUUUUGUGGGAAUUUGGCUGGGAGUUUUUGAAGAAGCUUCUGGAAUAGUUUUGAUUACAAGAGAAAAAUUUCCAAAUUUUUGUGCUUGGAGAGAUGAAUAUAUUAAUUGCAGCGAAAACAAGAAAUAUUUACCUCCAAGAGAUGAAUUGAUUGCUCAUUUCCAAGCUCGCUUUCAAGCUGCUUCGAAAUGAACACUUCUAGAGAAUUUCAACAAUUUGUGUUUACUGUAAUACUAUUUUGUUUGAUUUGGUCUGUGAUCAUAGAAUAAUAAUUUUACUGGAGUAUUUUAUAUUUGUACGGAAGCAGGAAAUAGUACUUUCUUGUAUUUUAUUAUGGGAUAAUAUUAGAUAUUAUUAUUGUUGUGUUGCCUUCUUUA